AUGAUGAUCAAUAAAGUCAAGAAGGAUCCAUUAUUACAACAACAAAUAGAAGAUAUUGUGAAAUCAAAGAAUAACAAUAUUUCCGUUACAGCUGACUCGAUCGUCUCCUCAUUUACGACGGUGUUUCAAACAUUCGGUAAUCGUCUUACCGAACCUGAAGACAAAACUGAUAAUUUUGAAGAAUAUAAUCCUAUGGUUUAUAUUUUUUAA